AUGGCGGAGCCGGCCCUGGUGAAGGCCGCGCAGCUCUGGACGCUGCUGGACGAGAUGGCGGAGAACGAGCCACGGGCUUACCGCCGGUUCCUCCGGCAGCAGCAAGCCGAGGCCGAGCGGUUCUUCGCCCCGCCGGAGCCUCACCUGUGCCUGCGGGCCCGUCCCGCAGGAGGUGUCCGGGGGCCGCUGUUCGUCAACGUCUGCAGCUGGAAAAGGAUCCCGGCGUCCAAGACCUCCACGGAGCCCACCCGUGUCAUCGCGGGGCAGCUCCAGGAGGUGUCUGGAGGGGGAGACAUUUACAGCGUUCUAGACAUUGCAUUUAACCCAGAUGUUCUUCAGAGAGGGGAAGAAAACCCAGAAAGAAUGGAACACUUAAUCCAUUUGACUCUGAGGUUUGUUGAGGACCACUGCAACCUUACUCUCUCUCCUCUGUACACCACGGAACCAUUCAGACUGAAAGGCAGCCUGCAGGCCAUGCAGCAAAGGCUGCAAGGAAGGGAAGUGCCAGCUCCACAGCUCAGGCAGAACACAAAGAAAGAACUGACACUGGAUCAGCUGCUACACAGUCUGGAAGGUGAGGAGGGCAGCAAUGCUCCUGUGCUGCUGAAGGAAGAAAGUUUGGCACAGCCUAAAGUGCAGCUGAUAGAGGAAAUCUCCAGUGCUGGGAUGGCAGAGGAGCUGAGUACCCCUGUCUAUGAAAUGGUCACUGUGAAGGAUGCAAACCAGAAACCCCUCAAAAUAGAACUCAGAAUUGAGCUGCCUGAAGUUAGCUCUGUUUCUGAGUGUGACCUGAGGAUGUCCAAGGAUGACAUCAGCAUUGAAGUCCCUGGAAAGUACAAGUUACAGCUGGAUCUGCCAGAACUGGUGGAUGAAGAAACAGCUACAGCAGUAUUUCACAGAGGGAAGGGGGUGUUGUUUGUCACAGUGCCAGUCCUAAAAGACAGCAUUCCAGACAGUUCACAGGUGACAGAACAAAGUAAGAGCCCAGAAUGAGAAUCCUAACUCUUAAAUAAGUUAUGAGGGGGUUUAUUUCACCUUCUGAUCUUCAGGAGCAAACACCUCAAAUGCCUUUAGAAGAUGUGUGUAGGAAAGGAGGUUUGGGAGACCAGGAAAGGAGGUUUGGUGGUUUUAGCACCACCAAACUUAGGAAAAAAAAAAAGUAAAUACAAAAGGAGUGCUUGAGUAUGUUAUCAGCUGUAGUAAAGAACCAUAAAUGAAACAUAAAUGUACCUGCUUUACUAUAUUCAUUUUUGCCUCCAGGUAGAGCAAUAAAAGUUUUUUUUUCUGCUAAAUAAACUGAUGAGUGUAUUGAGAUGGUCAGAGCAGCUCUCCUGUAUUCAGUGCUGGAAUGCCCAGCAGCAGUGUGUGCUGUUCUCUUUAGGACAAUCCCUGCUGAGCUGACCUGACCUGGAAGAGGCUUUGCAGACUUUUCAUUUCCUGAACAUGCUUCCCCUCACUCCUCCUGCUGUGCUGAUCUCUGAAGGAGCCACCAGCUCUGUCACUGCUCAGAGCAGCAGGGAGAGAGGUCACAGCUCACACCACUUGGGUGUGAAAAUCUCCAGACAGAACCUGAGGUUCUGGUGAACACUGCAAGGAGGAAGCCAGGAAGAUUAAAGUUCCCUGCUGCACCCUGAGGUAAUAAAGCACGUGUUAAUUUGUGAUUACAAAGGUUAAUAGGGUGAGUUUCACUGCCAGACUGAGGGCCAAGCAGCUGUGAUUGUGCUGGACAGAAAGCCACACAGGACUGAACAGAAAAGCACUGGAACAUGUUUUAGUAGUUGUCAAUUCCAAACAUUUAAUAGAACAUAGGUUCACUAGAACAAGUCUGGAACCAAGAUUUUUGAUCAUUAGAAGAAAAAAAA